AUGGACGAAUUCGUCAGUAAUAAUAUCACAGGCCAAUUAGGACAGGACGAAUUCGUCAGUAAUAAUACCACAGGCCAAUUAGGACUGGACGAAUUCGUCAGUAAUAAUAUCACAGACCAAUUAGGACUGGACGAAUUCGUCAAUAAUAAUAUCACAGGCCAAUUAGGACUGGACGAAUUCGUCAGUAAUAUUAUCACAGGUCAGUUAGGACUGGACGAAUUCGCCUGUAAUAAUAUUACAAGUCAAUUAGGACUGGACGAAUUCAUCAGUAAUAAUAUCACAGGCCAAUUAGGACUGGACGAAUUCAUCAGUAAUAAUAUCACAGGUCAAUUAGGACUGGACGAAUUCAUCAGUAAUGAUAUCACAGGUCAAUUAGGACUGGACGAAUUCGUCAGUAAUAUCAUCACAGGUCAAUUAGGACUGGACGAAUUCAUCAAUAAUGAUAUCACAGGUCAAUUAGGACUGGACGAAUUCAUCAGUAAUAUUAUCACAGGUCAAUUAGGACUGGACGAAUUCAUCAAUAAUGAUAUCACAGGUCAAUUAGGACUGGACGAAUUCAUCAGUAAUAUUAUCACAGGUCAAUUAGGACUGGACGAAUUCGUCAGUAAUAUUAUCACAGGUCAAUUAGGACUGGACGAAUUCAUCAAUAAUGAUAUCACAGGUCAAUUAGGACUGGACGAAUUCAACAGUAAUAAUAAGUUCAAUUAA